GUCACUUCUGACUCGCGUAGUUGUGUAAAUACUUCCGUCCUCCAUAAUCUAUUCUACAACCUCCAUAUCUUUGCCUUGCGUCUGCAUACAUACACCAUUGCAUACAUACACCAUGACGACUAUAACGACAAUGACAGCGACGCUGGACGCAAAGCAUCCAGCCGUCUACGAACAGGUCAUCAUCGAGCAGCGGGAUAAUGUAUCAGGCCGGAUAACGCAUCAGACGCAGACACAUCCACCAGUCGUACAAACGCCACGUUCGAGGCAGCGUGCCUUGCUCGUCCAUGCGGCGCAGCAGCCUUAUUCUCUUGUCAACGACCAUGCCAUUCCGUCUAUUCUGCAUAAAGAUGAGAUUCUUAUCAAGGUUAUCGCCAUCGGCCUCAACCCAGUAGACUGGAAGGGCCCUGCAUACAAUUUCGGCCUCCCGAGUCUCCCCUGGGUAAACGGGCGAGACCUAGCAGGGGUAGUCGUCCAAACCCCCUCAACAGUCUCAGACUCCGACAAGACACCCUCCCGCCUGCAAAAAGGCGAUCUCGUCCUCGUUCCCUCAACAGACUACCGCGACAUCCGCAAGGCCGCGUUCCAGGAGUACGCAGUCACGACGCAUUUCAACGCGGCCCGCAUCCCCGGUAGUCAUAGUGUGCAUGCUGCGGCUUCGGUGGGCGUUGCCUUUGUGGCGUCUGUGCUUGCGCUUGGGGUGAGUUUGGGGGUGGACUUUCGGAAGAUUCAGCAGUGUCCUGGGCCGAGUUUACCGGAGGUACUCAAAGAUGUUAAUAAGGAGUUGAUACCGGGUGAUGUUCGCGAUGAGUGUUUCGCAAGUCGGGACGAGGUUGAACGGCCGAAGAAGGGCGAUUGGAUUGCUAUCUGGGGUGCAUCAACAACAACGGGCCUAAUAACGAUCCAACUCGCACGCCUGGCCGGACUAAAAACACUCUGCGUCGCUGACGUCGCACGGCACGGGUCCAAACUCCACGCCGCCGGCGCAGACAUCCUCAUCGACCGACACGACACAGCGCGCGCAGUGGAGAUAAUCCGUGGCGUAACAGGUGGAAAGCUCCGCUACGCCAUCGACAUUGUUGGUGCAGACACAGCAACGCUCCUCCAAGCGACGUUAGAUCCUAGUAUCGGAAUUGACGGCUCGCAUGCACACCUACUAGGCCUGACAGGGCUACCUAAACAACGAGACGAGCGGAUAGUAUACCACACCGUCCCGAUUAAGCUGUUCCAUUCGAGUCCCGAGGUUGGAGAGGCGAUGGUUACGUGGUUGGAGAGUUUGAUUGGGAGCAGGACGUUGGAGCUGCCGGAGGUGAUUAGGGCUGAGGGGGGCCUGGAGGGGGUGAAUGCGGCGUUGGAGACGCUGAGACGGGGGGAUGCCAGUGGGAAGAGGAUUGUUGUGUCGCUGGACUAACUCAUUUAUUUUCCUAUGUUUGCUGUUAUGAUAAUGAUACACUACGAUAGAGGCGUUAGAGCUAGAACAAAUUGAU